AUAUAUAUAGUACAGCGAAGACGCGAGUCGUCGCUACGAGCCGCGAACGCAUAUAACGCAAUGAAGAGUAGCCUGCAGUUCAGCCUAUAUAUAACGUGUAGGAGGUAGACUGAUCUAGUGUCGAACACCAUAGGGCAUAGAUAGUAUACAUCGCAGACGAUUCGCAGUCCGCAGAGCAGAGUCCAUGGACACUACGAGCGCAGUCCUGGAAGCAGAAUUGGCAGGAGCUCUACCUCUGCAGGCACUGAGCAUCGUCCGCAUCAACCAUCGUCAAGGUGGCUCUUGCUCAGUUCUCGCCACUGUCCACAAUCCGGCCUAACUUGAAGCCAAGCCAUCGCUAAGCUUCGUUGACCGGCAGCAGCUAUUUGGCAAGCCAGCAGCAGCCCUCGUAUCUCGGAGGCUCCAGCUCCGGAGUGGAAAGUUUUUUGACGCAGCCGCGCCGCCGCCACCGGCUUGGAGUUAUAAAUCGAGAGGACCGGAGCAGCUUCAUCAGCAGAAUCGCCUCCACCCGCAGCAGCCGCCGCCGCCGCCGCCGAUGAUCUUUUGUUGUGAAGUGCGACGACAGUAGUGUGUACAAAAUUUUAUGAGACGCGCGAAUAGUUAUGAUAAUAUCGAUGCACGGAGACUCUAUGCUGUAGCACGUAAGUGUGUGCGGCUGUUUUUUGGGGUGCUUUUCUUCGAAAAAUUCCUCCGCUCCAAGCCAGAGCGCAUUAUAUGUGCACAAGGGUACAUGUAUACAUAUAUACAUGUAUGCACAUAUAGAUAGUGAGAUCUAGAUAUAGAGAUGAGAGAAAGAGAGAUCAGUGAGAUUUUAAGAAAUGCCAAAGGACUUGCUUACUUCGAUAGAGCUGCUAUGCAUUCGUGAUUGCACGAACUCUUAUAAUACGUACGCGGUGUUAGCUCUCUCUCUUGUGCAUUCUCAAUUUACACCCAUUCCAUUGUAUCAAACAUGGCCAAAUCGUAUAGCUUGUAAUCAUUGAAACCAAAGUUCAAAGUGCUGGUCUUUUUACAGUUCAUAGGACAUAUAUUCUAAUUUUCUCUAUAGUGGACUUAAUAUAUGUGUUAUAUUGUUUUUAUUACCUCCCUGGGUUCUUCACUCCUCUCAGCAAAUUCCUAGAACUUGCAGAGGUUUACUAGGAGACAAAAAAUAGGACACUUUUACUACUCAAACCUACUCCAACUAAAACUAGUUCCAAGCAAAAACUGCGGAAUACUUAUACUGUGUCUGAUUGUUCAAUAACUUUAGAAGCUGUAAAAGAAAAACUUAUUUUCUAUCGUUUUCAUCAAUUUAUUAUAUAAUAUCAAUGUAAUAGACAAGUACAUAGGAUUUUUUGUUAAGAACUCUUGCUUAAGAACAUUCCUAGGAUAUACUGAAAAACAUGGAUAAUGAUCAACUUUUGUUCAUAACAAACAAAACUUUUUUUGACAGCAAAUGUGUCAAAGAGUCUCACAGUUGUUGUGUCCAGUUGAGAAAGUAUUUCACGGUAGAGCCUCAUUGCAGUAUAAUUGGUCUGCCCAAGGAUACAUAUCCAGGUUGACAAAUUUGAUUUCAUCUCAAGAGAAUUUAUAAAAUUAAGAGUCAUGGAUAACACUACUGCUGACACUGACAACCUCAACUUGAGUUGUGGUGAAAACGACAUAGGUGAUGAGUUGAAAAUCGGAGCAGAUGAAACUUAUGACACACGAAGUGAAGUUUCAUCCAGCAGCUCGGAUUCAGAAGAUGAUGACGAUGAUGACGACGAUGAUGAUUCAAGUCAACCAACUAUAACAUCGGUUUCUUCCAAGUCUUCCAAGGAAGACACUAAAAGGAAUCACAAAAGCAGAGGCAAGAGAAGGCAAUCAAGAGAUUCAUCUUCCAGUCCAGAAGCCAAAAGAGCUAAAUCGAAAGAAAGCUCCAAAUCUAAGGGAGGCACAAAUGCUGCAUCUACAGCAAAAAGUUAUGACUAUGCUACAAAAUUAAAUUACCUAUUCAGAGAUGCAAGAUUUUUCAUCAUUAAAUCUAACAAUGCAGAAAAUGUAACUUUAUCAAAAGCUAAAGGAGUAUGGAGUACUCUUCCACAAAAUGAAGCAAAUCUUAACCAAGCUUACAGAGGAUCAAGAAAUGUAUUACUUAUAUUUUCAGUAAAGGAAUCUGGAAAAUUUGCAGGAUUUGCGAGACUUAGUACAGAAUCUAGAAGAGAUGGAACUUCUAUUUCUUGGGUAUUACCUCCUGGACUAUCUGCUAAAGCUUUAGGAGGAGUUUUCAAAGUUGAUUGGAUUUGUAGGAAAGAAUUACCAUUUACAUCCACACUGCAUCUAUACAAUCCUUGGAAUGAUGGAAAACAAGUGAAAAUUGGUCGCGAUGGACAGGAGAUAGAACCUCGAGUUGCUGAAGAGUUAUGUAGGCUGUUUCCAGAAGACGAAGGUAUAGAAAUGACUCCCAUUUUACGUAAAUCAAAAGAGGCUGCUAAAUACGUAGUGAAACCAGUAACUAGGAAUCACCGCGAAAACAGGACUGUGAUAACAUCUAGAUUUAUUCGAACGCGAGGAAGAGGACGAAGACUUUUCCUCACGUCAAGAUCUCGAUUAGCUUCUCUAGCAAGGGGUGGACACUUAGCAGAUCAUCAUAGAAAUGCGCGAGAUCAUCAUCGAUAUUCCAGCUGGUUUAAUCGAGGAGAAUAUCCAAAAGGGUACGGUCCGUCUGCUUUGGGCGUUGCAGCAGCUGCCGAGGCUUACGUUGCCGAUUAUAUGCGCACAAUGCAACAUCAACUACCACCUCUACCUCCUUACGUAGCCUCGCUACCUUAUGAUACGUUGCCACCACCUCCUCCACCCCCACCGCCUCGCUAUUACGAGGGUUUACCUUUGCCACCAGAUUAUGGUGCAGCCGCGGCAGCAGCGGCUGUGGCUGCAGGUAGCCUUGAGAAGCGCAGUUAUGAACGCAGCGUUGAUGAGUUCCUUUGGCGCACAACGAGUAGUCGGCAUAGCCGCCACGGCGAUCACAGAUCCUCGCGUGAUCAUCAUCAUCGCUAUCGGGAACGCAGAUAGACGCCUGACCAUACAAACAUUAUCGCUCUUUUUUUACACAUUUAUUGUAGAGACAAACUCUUACUCUUUUUACGAGUGUUAAGUUUCACGCAAGAAUUCAAUUAUUCUUUCUUUAGAUUAACGCUCCAUUUAUUAAGAAUUAUGAGCCAAGCUCGAAAAGUGUCAAUUUUGGCUGGUUCCAAGUAAACUUUGUUUUUUUUUAUACUUUAUUUUUCAUCAGUAAACAUUUUUAUUUAUCUAAGCUUGAAAUUGCAUGUUAAAAAUAAAUUAAGCCUCAAAUGAGUCAUCCUAAUUAAAAUUUCAAUCAGAUGUUUUUUUUUAGCAAUUUGCAACGAUUUCAUUGACGGUGUACCUGACAAUUUAGGUUUAUUGGAUUCGAUAGCUUCUAAAUAUAUUUUGAUUUAUUUUAUAAUUUUUUUUUUACGAAAUAUACUGCGAGCUGGAACUUUCCGAAAUGGACGCGUCAAUUCUUUAGUGGGUAAAAUUAAGCAAUGUUUGUUUCCAUUUUUUGUAUUGGUUGUAAAUGUUAAUAUUUAGAAUCAUAUGCGUGUGUGAUGUAGUUGUUAAGAAACGAGUUAAUUAUUCUUUACACGCUCGUAUUAUUUUGCAACUUGAGAACUUUUGAGAGAUUUAUUUAACUGUACAAUAUGUACAAAAUAUAUUUGUAUUAAAAAAGCGAUGUUACAACAUAAACCAGAAGUAACGCAUCACUGUGCGUUAGGCGAAUUUAAUGUGUAAAUUUUUUGUGUUUGAAUUGUAUAAAUUAAUUAAUACUAAAGUCUAGACUUCAUUUCGGUACCGUUUCAUUUCUUAAGUAACAAAACAAUACAUAUGCUUCCCUUUUUACGAGAAAUCUUGCUGCAAUUAAGUUAUCUUAAAGUUUUGCAAAUUAGUAAGCAGCUGCAAAUUCUAAAGUACACCUAUUUAUAAAAGUAUACAGUAUGAUAUGAUGUACAAACAAUUUGUUUAUCUUAUUAUUUGGUUUAACUUAAUUAUACAUUAUCCUAAAUAUUUGUUUAUGCUUCUUUAAAAGAAAUCUAUACAGAAAACAUUUUUAAUAUUCAGUUUAAAGAAUUUUAAGUGUAUUUGAUAUGAUCUAAAAUGGUUCGAUAAAACAGCAAAGUAUUUUUUGUAUAUUGUAUAGAAGUUUUUAGGAUUUGAUGAUGCACAACAAAUGCGUAAAAGUAUGUAAUUAUAUUAGAACAUAUACUAACUAAUCUGCGUAUCAAUCGACGUAGAUUUCAUGUUUGAAAUGCAAGAGGUUAUAGUAAACAGAUUUAUUUAAUUAUCUUUUUUUAUGUAUGCUUAGCCUUUAAGUGUCAACAUUGACGAUCGAACACAUGUAAGUUUUUUCAUGAUCCUCAAAAUAUGCUGGAUACCUAUACUAUAUUAGACCAAGCGAAUUUUACCGUGAGGUAUUAUUGUUUGUUUCACUGUAGUUUUCUUCGAAAAUUUCCUUUGUCUCAUAGGUAUCACUUAUACAAGUUGCAGUAAAAAAAAUUAAACAAACUUUUGAUUACAGCGCAUUUAGUACAUACGUAUGUUCAUAACGUAUGGAGAAACAAAAAAAUUUGUCAGUACAGUGAGCGUAAGAACAUUUAUUCCUAAUACUUAUAUGUAGCGACGUUGUUGUAUUGUAUACGAUUUUUUAUACUACGCAAGUUGCAAACAAAUUAAGCCGUCUACUAUAUAAUGUUGUUAUUCGAGGGAAGCUUCUUUGAUUUCCAAUAGACAAAUCUCUCUUUUAUCUUUUGUGACACGCUACUACAGAAAAAUAAAAUACGGCUGGUAUAGCGUACUGAAGCCUAAAAA